GCCAACGUUCCAAGUAACACACACCUCAAGAUGAAACUGCUCGCCGCCGUUGUCCUCGCCAUCCUGGCUGUCGCCCAUGCCGAUGUCUCCCAUCUGUCGGGCUACAACUACGCCCCCGUGAGCAUCCCAGCUCCGGCCCCGGCCCCAAUUAAGAUUGCCCCCGCACCCGCACCAGCACCAGCACCAGUCCAGGUGUCCGUGCCCGCACCCGUCAACCAGUACAUUCCCCCCGCACCCGUCAAGGCUGCCCCCGCACCCAUCCUGGCCCCAGCCCCAGUUCUGGCUCCCCAGCCCGUCCUCGAGGAGAUCGAGCCCGUGUCCGCUGAUGGCUACCGCUACAAGACCAUCCGUCGUCGCGUCAUCCGUCGUCGUUACUAGAGUGGAGCUUCCGCCACCAAUCCUGCUCCUAGUGCCACCAGGAGCGCAGGAAAUUUAUGAAUAAAACAAAACGAAUUUAUGAUACACGAAAA